AUGCACAGAACCUACAGCAUGCGCCAGUCUCGCGCGCCUACGGCGUCGCAGAUUCAGAGCCCCCCGCCCCCUUCGUCCUCGACCAAGAGCGGACGCUUCUUUGGCAAGGCCAACAUCGGCCACACCUUCCGCCACAAGUCCGCUGGUGCCUUCGGACCCGACCUUGCAAAGAAGCUGUCACAACUUGUCAAGAUGGAGAAGAACGUCAUGCGCAGCAUGGAGCUUGUUUCCAGGGAGCGCAUGGAGGUCGCACAACAACUCUCCAUCUGGGGCGAGGCUUGCGACGACGACGUCUCUGACGUCACUGACAAGCUCGGUGUCCUCAUCUACGAGAUCGGUGAGCUCGAGGACCAGUACGUUGACCGUUACGACCAAUACCGCGUCACCAUCAAGAGCAUCCGCAACAUUGAGGCUUCCGUCCAGCCCAGCCGUGACCGCAAGCAGAAGAUUACCGAUCAGAUUGCUCAGUUGAAGUACAAGGAGCCCAACUCUCCCAAGAUCGUUGUCCUUGAGCAGGAGCUUGUACGCGCUGAGGCCGAGUCCCUCGUCGCAGAGGCCCAACUUUCCAACAUCACCCGUGAGAAGCUCAAGGCAGCUUUCACGUACCAAUUCGAUGCCAUGCGCGAGCACUGCGAGAAGCUGGCCAUCAUUGCCGGCUACGGAAAGCACUUGCUCGAGCUUGUUGACGACACCCCCGUCACUCCCGGAGAGACCCGCCAAGCUUACGAUGGCUACGAGGCUAGCAAGGCCAUCAUCCAAGACUGCGAGGAUGCCCUUACGAACUGGGUGUCUCAGAACGCCUCUGUCUCCUCCAAGCUCUCCCAGCGAUCGCGCACCCUUUCUCAGCGUCGCCGCAACCAGAACCGCAACAUGGGCGAGGGUGUUGACCUCUCUGGCCAAGACCAGGCUCUCGACAGGGAGUCUGGCUUGUGGAUCCCUGCUGAGCAGCACCAGGGCAACGGCUACGAGGGCGAAGAUCUUGACGACGAUGUCACUUCCACCAUCGCUAGUGAGCACCAGCGCGGUCGCGAGGACGAGAGGGUUGUUGCUGCUUAG